UCUCUCUCUCUCUCUAAAACCCUGUUCAUCUUCUCCGCGACUUCGGAAGGAGCAGCGGCGAUGGCGGGAGGAGGAUCGUCGAAGUCGAACCCGCCGAAGGCGAGGAAGAGAGUGGAGGUCGAAGCCGCGGCGGCGGCGGCGGCGGCUUCGUCGCUCGUUCGCGCCAAGGAUGGCAGCGCUUUCGCCCGUUGUGAAGAGUGCAGCAAGGAUGUUCCGGUGGCGCUCAUUAGCAUGCAUAGUUGCGGCCUUGAUGCCAAAAUUAAGAUGAAUUUGGAGGCUCAAGUCGUGGAAAAACCUGCUGAGGUGAAGAAGAAACCAGCGGAUAGAAAGAGGUCAUCAGAGCCCAAGUCUAAGAAAGCUAAAACAGAAAAGAAGUCUAAGAAGGGCAAGGAUGCAAACAUGCCUAAGCGCCCUGCCACUGCAUUUUUCCUCUUCAUGGAUGAUUUUAGAAAGACUUACAAGGAAGCGAAUCCAGAUUCUAAGGGUGUUAAGGAGGUUGCAAAACAGGGUGGUGAGAAAUGGAAGUCAAUGCCGGAUGAAGAGAAAAAACCCUAUUUGGACAAAGCUUCUGAGCUCAAAGCAGAGUUCAAUAAGGCCAUGGAGGCUCAUAAUGCUGAUGAUGGAGAAAAUGAAGAGGGUUCAGAUAAGGAGGAAGCUGCAGAUAAGGAGGAAUCUGCAGAUGAGGAGGAAGCUGCAAAUGAGGAAACUGCAGGGGAGAAAGCUGAGGAAGUAUUGGAGGAUGAGUAGUCCAUGCGUUGAUGGUUUUCACGUUAGUUUAGGAUGGUUUAGCAUCUGGCUUCUAGUUGUUGUAAAUCUAAGUUCUAGCCAGUGCACUUUUUGGGAAACUAUUGAUUUCUUUACCAAAGUUACUCUGCAAGUGGGCAGUGCAUUAAACCUUUAAUCUUUACUUCAAUGCCACGGUAACGUUCGUUA